CAGUACUGAUAAAACAUAUAAGUGUCCAAUCUAUUGACCUUAAUGUAAUGCAUAUUUUUGAUCAGUUUAAAUAUGGAUAUAUCUUAACUUAAAAGUUGAAGCCUAUUUAAACUUCAAAAGAUUUCCUAUUACACUGUAACAAUACUAUUUAACGCCAAUAGUUACAUUAAAACAUGCGUUGUGCUUCAUUGAACAAAACAUUGGACGACGAAGUAUAAUAUUUGAAAUAUAAUAUGCGUGGAUUCUAUUGAUUGAAUUAUUUUAUUGUAAUAUUAUUUACUUUGAAGGUUUAGCAUAGAAUACUCCCAUAGUCCACAAGGAUAAAAGAUUAUUUUUUAUUUCAAUGACAUGUUAAAAUAAACAAGUGUUUAAUUCGGAUGAAAAAAGGAAAUUAAAAUUUACGUAAUUAUUUCCAAAGAAAGUCGUGUCACUACCAAUACAUAAGUGAAGUUGUCUGAUAAAAAAGGGAAAAUAUGUAGAAUUAGAAAACGUGCGGAGGAAAUAUGAAUAUACAAAGUGACGAUUUAUUCCUGAUUCAGAUAUUAUUUCGGUGAAAAUAAUAUGUGGAAUACUCAACAUUAUCUUCAUUGUAAAUGUUUCAUUCUCAAACACAUUUUUAUGUUUAUAGUAAUUAUGGCAACAGUGAGAAAAACAGAAGGAUGUGGCUCAUAUAUAAAGAUAAACAGUGGCGGAUCAGCCUCUAUAACAUCGGGUAGUAACUAUGGACCAUAUGUCCAUUGUUUGUGGUGGAUAGAAACAGACAGUGGGAGCCAACUUUCCCUAAAUAUCACCUCAUAUGAAGGAGACUAUAACUAUGGUCGUUGUGGAGAUUAUAUCAUUAUCAGAAACAGCGAUUCUGGAACUCUACUGCUAGAUUCUCGGACGAACAAUACCGGAAACUGUUCCACCUUAACGAAUCAUUUAGUUACAGCGUCUGCGAGCUGGAUGCGUGUGCAAUUCAUUAGUGACGGCAUUCAUAGUACUACCGGUUUUAAUGGCCAUAUUUCAUCAACCCAUGUAGGUUCAUCCCUAUCAGAUACAAAUCCACUUCAAGGAUGCAAGUCGUAUGAGAUGGAGUGUUCUAAUAAAGUUUGUAUGACGUUAUCGUAUCGCUGUGACGGAUUUAACGACUGCGGAUGUGAUGACGGUUGUGACGAAUCAGGAUGCGAAGGAUUAACGUUAGGGAAGUACGAAAUUAUGCUCAUAGGUGGUUUGAUGGGACUAUUUUUGUUUCUGUGUUUCUUUAUAUUUGCUUACGCGUAUGAAUCCUAUUUACGGAGGAGAACGCUCAUGGCAGAUCCGGAAGCGCAAGCUGAGUUACAGCGGAAAAAGGCCGAGGAGAAACGAAAAGCUGCUUAUAAGAAAGCUGCAAAAGAAAAGAAAGGUCGGCGGUAGAAGGACAGCACGAAAUACGCCACUAACUUGCACGUGUAAUUUGUUUGUUACAACGACACCUACCAUCUAAUUCCCGAUACAUUUCCCAUCCUAUUGUGUGACAUCACCUAACAUACACAAACAGCAGGGAAAUAGCAUGUACAGAUAUUAUCACAUGUGGUACAUGGGGUCUGUCUAAAUGGGGUUGUCAAAAUAUCUCUAUCACAGUUGGUAUAGGGUCGGUCAAUCAUAAAUGUGGUUGCUGUGAAUAUAUUUAUAUAUUCAUGGAAAAAGUUCAUUCAUAGUCAUUGACAUGUACUGCAAAAAGGUGUUAAGGGCUCAAUUAAAAUCAUACAGCAGUUGUUUGUUAUUAGAUAUUUUACAUUCAUUAUGAUAGUUGAAUGCAUUUUUAAAUGAUUUGAAAUAUUGUCCUAGCGGCAGUUUCAAAAACGUAUGUAUAUAAUAAUGAAAUGUUUGUUGAUCUCUUAGCUUAUAUCAGCUCUCAAGAUAUUUUCGUAGUUCUAACAGAAUUUUAAUCCAUGUUUUGGCAAUGUCUUCUAUUACAUAAUUUAAGCUGGUUUAAUACCAAGUAGUUGGCUACAAGUACAUGUGUCUAAGAAUGAGUACUUUAACUACCCGAAAGAGCAAUGUUAAAUUGAACAGGAGCUUUUGGAUUAUAUGUCAUGUGACGGCGUUUGGAGGUAACACAUGUAUAUUUACUUUAAAUCUAUGUUUGAUGAGACUUAUUCUUUGAACAUGCUUCUUACUUUCCUCUGAAACAUAAAGCAAACAGCAUAGCUUGCACAUUUCAGUGAUGGAACAAAAAGCACAAUGUUGCUCUUCUCUACGGUGCUCCGGUAGUUCCAUCGUACUAUCGUACUUCGACGCCUGUGUAAGAAGCAAGGCGAUACUUCGAUAACGCGAUGCGACAGCACAACACGAUGCGACAGGGGUCGACAGUAGUACAGUACAAUGGUCCUAUCGGAACACCAUAUUUUUCUGCAGUUGUUUGGAUGGUGAGCUGGAUUAAUAUAUAAAAGAUAAUAUACAAUGUAGAAUAAUGAUUUCACAUUAGUCUGGAGACAUAUAUUAUAGUUUUGUAUUUAAAAACAACAACAUUGUUUUAAUUAAGAUUUCCGGCUUGAAUAAAUGUGUGUUUAUAAAAGUUUAUGUUUCAAAUAAGAAUAUACUGGAACAAAUGUAAAAAAAUACCAAUUAUUUUGGUAUCCAUAUAACUUGGUUUUAUACACCAGUUACCAUAAUUCAUCAGCUUUAUCGUAAUACUACCGUGUAUUUCCGUAUCGAUCAGCAUUUGAAAUACUGACUGAAUGGCUUUACCAUAUUGCUACGUUAGAACCUCUCCAUUAAAUAUGCAAGCUUACAAGUGCUGGAACCUCACCUAACCUUUCAUCAGUUAGGAAUCGGUUAGGAAUUAUUGUAUCAUAAUCAUCGUUAUGUCAAGGUUUUCCAGAUGCCAGAAAGUAUCCGAGGCAGAUAAGAUCUGAGAUCUGAGUAUAGAACUCACGUCUACGUUUUACCAUGCCAAAAUCUGACUUUAAUAUCAUGACCAUUUGAACGCCGAAUGAUCCUUUUUCAAAUUAUUUUUGUUUGCAUAUUUUGUGUCAGACAGGGUAUGUCUAUUCGAAACAUGGGCCUUGCAUUAUGUAAGGUCUGUUAUUGUUAUAUUUUGAUACAGUUUUACAUAAACGUAUAUGGUACCACCACGACGUACUUGACGUCAUGCUGCGAAACGUGUACAUAUCAGAAACGCUGAAUCCCUGAUGCUUACAAACGCAUAUAUUUUCUCUUAUCAUAAAAUACGUGAUUUAACGAAUAUGUGGUACAGCCAUGAUUUAUAGAACAUUUAACCAAAAUAUCUUUUUCUGACGCGACAUCUGACACAUACAUAUGAAAAAGCUUAUGAUUAAGAGGAGUUAUCCACCUAAUUCGUAACAGUGAUUUUUUCUUGAAUAAGAUACAUAUAUAAAUCGUACAUCAUUCAUAAGGUCUCCGAGGGUGACAGUGGGGGUAAUACUGAAGUUUUAAACAUUAUUAAAAUCUUGCAAAAUCAAAAUUUCGAAAAAAUGUUUACAUUUUUAUUUCCACAUUAAAAGAUUAAAUGGAACAUGUUGCUUUUAUACUAUCUAAUAUAUCUUGAAAGUUUUGCAGCAAUCCUUCAAUAGAUAAAGCCUAAUUUUCAAAAUUGAAUUGUAAUAAAGAUGACCGAAUCUGCAGUGCAAAAUACCCGCAGUCGUUCUUUUACAUGAUAUAUAAAACCAAUGACAGUGCCUUGUAUAUAAAGAAUUCUCAAGGAAAAAUCGCGAGUAAAACAGUAGAUUUAAGUAGCAGACGGAUUUAAAUAAAUUUCAUUUGAACAGCACUUGAACAUUGAAAUGUGUUUUACUUUAUUCUAAUGAUAAUUUUUAUGUGAAAUUUGUCAGAAAUAUAUUAGUCAUACCUACGUUUGAAAAGAUAUUGUACGCAAUCAAGUUUGGUAUUUUAUUGCCUUUCUUAAGCGAAUGUUGCAUAUAUUCAUUUACAUAAAAAGUGAAAGGCAACAACUUUUUCUCAGUGCUGAAUGCUACAAAAAUGACCUUUGUAUCAUUUCUUUUCGUACAAAUAAUGAUUUUAUAUUUUAUAUUUCAUGUAUUGUGUAUUUUCUAUUUUGUAAUUAUUACGUUAUUAUGACAUUUAAUGCCGAAAACUUGUUUUAAUGCAUGUAAGAAGUUUGAUUGGCUGGUCAGUCUUGUAAAUGUUGGUGCUUACCAGCCUGUGAAUGCACAUGAAUAAAAUCUGUUUUGUUUCUC